GUUUCCGUAAUUUUAGACAAAAAUAUUGCUUAUCUCAUAAUGAGCUAAGACUGUCAACAAGCACAUGAUUAGUUACUGAAGAUUUAAACAUUGUAAUGCUGCUUUAAAUCUUUGUCGGCUGAAUUGAAUAGAUCUAAAUUGUCUGGACUGAUUUGAAAGCACGGAGGAAGACAUAACAAAACAUGGACGGCAGACGUAAAGCAAAAAAUAACCAGACAAGUUCAACAAUGAAAACAAGUCAAAGCUAUGUGAAAAGUAUUAAAGUAAGGUUUAAAGAAAUAACACACGAUCAAGUUUGGGAUUCUGAUGAGGAUAUAGACGAGUCUGUGCCAUUAAGUGACAGCAAACAUCAUAACAUUCAGCGUGAUGAUUGCCCAGGUGUUACACAAUCUGAUGUUACCGUUAACAGAUCAGCCAGAGAUGCAUUGAUAAAUGUUGAACCAGCGACGCGGCCGAAAAUACAAAGUCAGUUAAGCUACACGCCCGAAUGUGAUGAAACCAGUGAUUAUGAAAGCGAAUAUCAUACGUCAAAAGAAAACUUACUAUCUGAUAAUGGGGAAAAACGAAGUUUAGCUUCGUCGAGAUAUUUUCACAGUGUACCAGAUCUACACUCAAAAGAAGUAUUGAAAGGCGAAGAAGACAGUUUCAAACCAAAGGUUUUAAGUAUCAUCAAUGUUAAUCAUUCGAGGGAGUUUAUUGUUUCACCAAAUGAAGGUACGGCCAGGAUUAAGAAAACAACAAAUAACAUUUCAAACGGAAACAAAGAAAAACGCCGAUAUCUGAAUGAUCGUACAUUAAACAUGUUGAAGAUGUUUGAUUCGACGCACCCAAAAGUAGAAACAGAAUUAUACAAAGUAGGAUUGAGUUACAUCCGGAGAGACACUCAUUUCCCUUUAGUUAUAUUUAAAGGAUCACGAAGUGGGUGCGGAUUUGCUGCAAAGAUGCUAUUCAAAAAAGUGAUAUCAAUUAAACCUAAUCUGAAAAGUGUCUUCCUUAAGGAAGCAAAAGAGUUGAACACUUUGAAUUGGGGUGAAGAUGUUGCUGUACUUGUAAUCGACGCAAAUGGAUGUUCUGGAAACAACAGAGAGAAGUUAGAUGACUGGUAUGAAAUUCUAUUAGAAAAGAUGCCCAUAGGAGCUAAAGAACGAGGAAACAUAACCCUAAUACUAACUAUCAAUACUUGCUCGGGAGUGAAACAUCCCAUCUUAGUUAAAUACAGAGAGUACGUUUUAAAUGCUGAUGAAUUUCCACCAUCAGACGAGACAAAAGAGAAACUGGUGGACGCCAUAUUAAGGCAGAACAAUGUUAGAGUAAUUUCAUCAAGACAUGGCCCAAUUCCUCCUCCUCGACCAAAAAAGGGAAAGAUACAUUUCAUUAACAUCGAUACAGUUAACCGCAUUGUGCCUUUUCUUGACAGAAGAGGAUGUAUCGGAGAAAUAUCUGAUUACAUUAAAGGGCACCUCUCUGAAGAAUUGGAUUUCUUUAGAAAGCCUGUUCCAAAACUUGUGCAAAAAUUUCGGCAAUUAUAUAAAAAGAGUAAACUAUUGUUUCUAAGCCUUUUAGUGGUACAUACCAUUGGUCAUGUUUCACACAAGAAUUCCUUUCAUGAAGCCGAAAGACUAUGGCGUUCGGUGAUAUCAAUCAAUAAGCUGUCUCGAAAGAAAUAUGAAGCCCUUGAAAAAAAGCAUAAAUCAGACAUGGAAUUCCAUCAUCAAUGUGCAAAAGAAAGCGGAUAUCAGUGCAACAUUGGUAGCACUAUUCGAAAGGCUGCGCAUGGCUUCGUUGGGAAAUACCUUGAAAAAGACGGUAAUAUUUUUAAAUUCUCGAACGGAAGAAUAUAUUAUUCAUUCCUGCUUGUACUCUAUGAAGCUUACCCCAAAGGUCUCGAAACCUGUGACGAGGAUUUCUUCUAUAACUUUGUGAAGUUGCGUACGGCUAUUAAUGAUGACCAAGACCAAGACACGUACAUUGCGAUCGAUGAAAAGAAACUUGACAAGGUAACAAGAUCGGUAUGCUGCCGCUUUAAAAAAGAGAUCAUGCUUAAGAAUGUUGCCAAAUGUAUGAAGCACCCGGCAAUGAGUCCUACAUUUUUCAAGAUUUUCUUGGGAUAUUUAGGCGAGACUCCACACAUGACAUGGAAGGUCUUAAAACAAUCAGAUUCAAGCCAAGAGGAGGCAUAUUCUUCUCUCUACCACGGUAUGACUCAUCUGGAUGAAAAUAACAGUGAUUCAGGAAAGGCUAAUAUUACAGAAAUAAUUUUAUGCACGGACAUCUGGAAGAGGAAACGACGAAGCAAGAAAUGGAAGGAAUGGAUCGCUGAUCAAGAAAGGAUAGCGUUAGUAUAUGCAUCAGAAUUAUCAAAUACUACAACUUUUCGUUGUCUUGUAGAUGUUGGUGCAGAAAUAUCUCUACAGGCACUGCAAAAAGCAAUUGAUAAUGGCUCCGAAGAAAUCCUACAAACAAUCAUAAAAAGUAGACAAAUUGCCACAGUAGAACAAGCAAAGUAUGCUGCCUUAAAACUUUGUCAUGAAAAUUUGACACCAGGUUUUGAAAAACUACUGAAAGACUUUCUUCGUACGUAUAGUAUGAAUCAACCGCCUUUAAUUCAUUUGAUAAUCGAAAUAAAUAAUACUCAGCUGUUGACAAAGCUUCUCAGUGGAGAAUUAUUAGGUACAACAAUUGAUGUGAACUCACUGUUCAAUGGCGAAACACCACUGCUUGUAGCUGUAAAAUUUGGAUUUCAAGAAAUUGUCCGACUUCUUCUACAACACAAAGCGACACUUGGUCAAAAGGAGUUUGCUGUAGCUUCUUUAAAAGGAGAUGUUUCAACAUUGGAAAUCUUAUACGAAUGGCGACCUUCUACUUUUUAUGAGAAGGAUGUAAGCGGCUGGACUCCAUUAUUCUAUGCUGCGUCUUACGGUAAACUAGAAGCCGUGACAUUUAUUUUGUUAACGUCAAAAAUCAAAAGGCAGCCACGUCCUGUCACUUCACUGCCACAUGAUGAUAUCAACGAGGGACGAGAUGAUUUUGGUAAUAUUGAUUCGUGCAUGCUAGAUCCAGCUCUUCAAGUAAAGAAUCUCAAAGGACAGACAGCUUUGCAUGUUGCUGCCAUAAACGGAUACACUCAGGUUGUCGAAGCACUUGUAAAGGAAGGUUUUGACAUUUCCAUGAAAGAUAAAUCCGGGAAUUCCCCUUUGGCAUUAUCGUAUAGAAAUAAGCACGUUCAAACAUUUUGUUGGAUCCUAACAUUUUGUAAUUCCAAUGGUUUACCUGUUGAUGAGGAUGUAAUACUUCUUGCUCUAAGGAUGGGUGACACAGAUACGUUUGAGGUAAUGCAAAGGUUUUGUUCUCCUAUUAACUGGAGCAGAUCUACAUAUGAUAUUGUCAUCAGGGAAUCAGUCGAAACAGGCAUGCACAACAUGGUACAACACAUAUUAUCAAAUGGAGGAUCUCCGAAUAAAGAGAUCGAUGGACAGAGACCUAUACAUUUUGCAGCAAUAAAUGGCGAUUUUGAUAUGCUGAAAAUAUUGAUAGAAUUUGGUGCAGACAUGACAGCUAAAACUGUUAAAACAGGUGACAGCAUCAUUCACAUCGGAGUAGAAAGAGGAUAUGAAGACUUUAUAGAGUCUGUUUUCAGACUGCCUGAAAGUGAUGAUCUGAUAGACAAUGUAAAUGCCUUUGGAAAUACGGCCUUGCAUGUUGCUAGCAGAAUUGGACACCAUUCACUUCUACGACGUUUACUAGAACUUGGAUUUAAAUCAAACAUUAAAAACCAAAACAAUUGUCUUCCGCAUGACAUUGUCGAGCAGGAGCUCAAAGUCUCUAAUUUUUGUACAGACACAUGUAAAAUUAAAUUAGUUCAGGAAUGCCGAAAGCUAUUGGAAAACUAUCCCCGUUGACAGUUUAAGCUAUGGUUAUAUUUGUUCUGAAACAUCAAAUUGCUUUACCACUUUUGCCAAGGAGCAACAAUGAAUGAUUUUAUUACUUAUUUUAAAUAUUAUAAUUAACACAAUCAUGAAUUACAAAAAGAAACAGACAUCUGAAUAAAAGUGGCGAAAGUAUGAACAUGAGUUACCAGAAAUUGAAGACAUAUUGUUUUGAUGAGCUAAUAAAAUUAUGCAUUUUAGCACUAACUUUAUCUGAAGACGUUUUGCAAAUGGUAACUACAACGUUUUAUUCGUAAUUUAUAACUUUUGACAACAGAAUUAUAGAAAAGAAUAAAAAUUAACAGCGUUUCUUUCGUAUCUAAAAUGUAAUACAGUGUACAUUCAAUGUUUUAAUCUGUCAUUAGACAUAUAUUUAUAAAGACAUUUACGUGUUUGCAAGAUUCUGUUGGAGCAAACUGACAAGUGUGGAGCGUAGAAGAUUCGACACGUAAUUUCUAGACCAAUUAAAAACUCACGGAAAAAACAUUAAAAGUGGCAUUUUGCUAAAUGAUUGCGUUAGAAAAUAGGAUAUGAAACAAAUGGGGGAUAACUUACAAAUUAAUAAUCAUGAUGUGAAGAGAUAAAUCUCCCUUUUUACAUUUGUAGUGUUUUUUUCCAUUGUAUCGUUUUGACUUUGAUAAUGAUAACCAGAUACAUUUAUAAUAUUUGUAUUUAUCAUUGCAUCAACAUAUAAAAAUCAUAUCAACUUGUGAUUUUACACAUAUAUUUAACAAUAACUAGUUAUCCCUUUUAAAUUAUUCUGUAUUUCACAUAACAUUAAGCGAACUUAGUGCCACACGUUUGAAACAAUAUUGAUAUGUGUUUGUCUUAUAGACAGUAUGAAGAAUGUUUGAAAUAUGUCAGCAAGUGAUAAGAUUCAUUUGGCAGCAAUGAAAUGAAGCGUAUAAACUUGAUGAAGGUUUGCGAAAUAAAACAAAAUACAUUGUUAUAGCUUUAAGGCACAUGCAUAGCUUAAUUAUCACUUAUUACCAUUUGUUUACUUUUCAAAGUAUAAUUAUCAUUAUUUUGUUAUAUUGAGUAUCUAAUUCUAUCUGGCUGAGUGAAAACAUAAAAAUUGUUAGUAUUCAGAAAUUGUCAAUAUAUUUGAAAUUGUAAUGAUAUUUAUAUUGUAUUCAAUAAAAAUUGUAAAACUUUGUAUAUAUAGUACAUAAUAUUUAACAAUUAUAUUUGCCAGCGAAACCAGAUGUUUAUGUGCUUUUUUUUUUUAGAUAAUUGUAUAUGUUGAUAUUACUUUUAACACAUGUUACUUGAAAUAAACAAUUUACUCACUUACUGUAUAUGGUAAAAACACACUUGAUGGUAACGACUCAAGUGUGAAUUCAGUACGAAUGACUAUCAAAUAUGGUACAUACAUUAAUGUAUAUACAUGCAUAGUAUCUAUUGCAGUCUGUAAUAUUUUUAAAUGGUUUAUGUACAUACAUGUAGUUGUAAAUUCACUAUUGCAUUGUAUUAUAAGACAUCAAUAAAUGGAUGAUUUGUGAUCGUUUAUUUAAGACAAUAGUGGUCAAUCAAAAUAAACAAGGAAAUAAUAUUUUGAUGAUAUAUGUUGAUG